AUGUCUUCCACCCAGGACCAAGACCACUCCGCCCUCGCCCAGCAGCAGCAGCAGCAGCAUCAACCACAGCAGCACCAGACUCAGCAACAGCAACAGGGACAGCAGACGGCGACGGCCUCGCAGCCAGAGCAGGCGCAGGCCCAGCAGUCCCGGCCUCAGAUGCAGACCGCGUCCUCCCUCCAGCAGGGACAGCCUCAGCAGCAGCAACCACAGCAACAACAACAGCAGCAACAGGGGCAGCAGCAGCCAUCGACGACGCAGACGGUGCAGAGCGUCCCCGUUCAGACGAGUCUCCAGCACGCCGCUGCUGCUGCCGCUGCCGUUGCGCCUCCAGGAGUGCAGCAGGUCGCCCCCAACAGCCCCAGCGCCCCCGGCUCGCUCGAGUGCCAGUGGCAGGGCUGCCAGGAACUCUGCCCGACUCCAGAAGCCCUCUACGAACAUGUGUGCGAGCGCCACGUCGGACGCAAGAGCACCAACAACCUCAACCUGACCUGCGGAUGGUCCAACUGCCGCACCACCACCGUCAAGCGCGACCACAUCACCUCCCACAUCCGCGUCCAUGUUCCAUUGAAACCGCACAAGUGUGAUUUCUGCGGCAAGGCCUUCAAGCGGCCCCAGGAUCUCAAGAAGCAUGUCAAGACUCACGCGGACGACUCCGUCCUCGUGCGGUCGCCGGAGCCGGGUGCCGGACAGCGCCAGCAGCCUCCCUCGGGCAUGUUUGGUGUCGGCCUUGGGCCUGACGGGAAGCCGGCUCAUUUCUUUGAGGGGUCUCUGGGACCGGUCCCCCAGGCUUACGGCCACCCUCCACCACAGUACUACCAGCCCCAGCACCCCCAGCAGCAGCCCAAUCCGUCGUACGGCAACGUGUACUACGCCGUUGGCCACGAUGCUGCCCACCAGGCAUCCUACGAGAACAAGAAGCGAGGCUACGAUGCCCUGAAUGAGUUCUUUGGAGACCUGAAGCGCCGUCAGUUCGACCCUACCUCCUAUGCCGCCGUGGGCCAGCGACUGCUCAACCUCCAUGGCCUCCCGCUGCCUCUGACCCACGCCGGCGCGGUGCCAGAAUACCAGCCCAUGCCUGCCAUGGUCAGCGUCGGUGGCGGCCACGGUGGCUACCAGUCCGCCGGCCCAAUCCCGACCCAGUCCUACCACCUGCCCCCCAUGGGCAACCUGCGCACCAAAGCUGACCUGAUGAACAUUGACCAGUUCCUGGAGCAGAUGCAGUCCACCGUCUACGAGAGUGAUGAGAACGUGGCUGCUGCCGGCGUCGCCCAGCCUGGUGCCCACUACGUCCAGGGUCCCCUCAGCUACCGCACCACCAACUCUCCCCCAACCCAUCACCAGUCCCACCACCACCACCAGCAGCAUCCCCAUGCCACCGCCACUGUCACCACUGCAGCCGCUACCUCUGCCUCUAUGAUGCCCACGGCUGCUGCUGUUGCUGCUGCCUCCAGAUCCCCCCAUGCAUCCACUCCAGCACUCACUCCGCCCUCCAGCGCCCAGUCCUACACCUCUGGCCGCUCUCCAAUCUCGCUUGCCUCUAGCCAUGGCAUGUCUCCAACCCAUCAUCAUCACCCUUCCACGGCUGGGAUGUACCCUACCCUGCCCGCCACCACCGGCCAGGACAGCCUCUCAUCUUCCGGAUACUCAACCACGGUUUCAAGUGCCGCUCCUCCGUCGACCCUAAGCAGCGUCUUUGACGAUGAUCGACGACGCUACACUGGCGGCAUGCUCCAGCGUUCUCGUCCAGACAUCGACCUCUCCACUCCCACCAUCAAGCGUGAUGAUGCUGCUUCUGCCGAUGAGCCAAAGCUGUCCUCCAGCGUCAUCGACCCUGCUCUCCGUCGUGCCUCGGCUGACGAAGACGCAGCCUCUGCCCGUAGAAGAAGCUCAUCCGCUACUCCUACUCCUACCUCUGCUCCUGCUGCUGAUGAAGAUCGCCAGCCGGCCGGAGAGCAGCAGUGGGUCGAGAACGUGCGUCUGCUGCAGAGACUGCGUGACUAUGUCCUCGAACGUCUCAACAACGGCGACUACCUCGACGAAGACAAGAAGGAAGCCUCCGAUAAGGAGGAAGAUGCCAAGACCGAUAAAGCUUCCUCUAGACCUGCAUCCGCAUCCACACCCGCACCUGCAUCUGACGCUAAUGGAGACUACCCCAGCAUCAAGAUGCAUGGCAUGGAGGCCAUCGCCGCCGCUGCCGUGGCCCACGAGGAAAGACGAGAUCAAGAUCAGAUGUCACGAGAGCGCACCCCGUCCUCGCCCGCUGCCAAAAGCACAACGACCAUGCUCGAUGCCGAGGAAGAGGCCAAGCGUGCCGGAGAAAACCUGUAUCCUGUGCUCAAGAUGGCUGUCGACGACGGAGCUGACACCGACGGAGACGAAAAGAUGGGCCAGUAG